AUGCUCGAAGAACUCUACAAGCAACACGUCACCAAUCUCACGCAAAUCGUCAAUGGAGCCAAGAUACUCAGUUUAGACUUGCCCCAUAUAAAAUUCAUCGACUCCAUGAACUUUUUUCCCGUGGCUUUGUCGAACUUUCCAAAAACAUUUGGAAUUCACGAACUAAAGAAAGGGUCUUUUCCCCAUUUCUUCAACACGCAGCAAAAUCAAAACUAUGUUGGGUACAUGCCUGACAAAUCUUACUACGACCCCGACGGAAUGUCCACAGCGCGCAAAGAUGAAUUCCACAAGUGGUAUGACGAAAAAGUAUCUGAAAGAUACAUUUUCAAUUUCCAACAUGAACUCUUAACCUAUUGUCAAUCAGAUGUAAGACUCCUCAAACAAGGGUGCAUGACCUUUCAAUCCCAAUUCAAAGAUAUUGUCGACUUCAACCCUAUGGAACAUUGUAUCACUAUCACUUCUGCCUGCAAUGUGGCAUACAGCAAAAAAUGGAUGCCUGAAAACAAAAUCGCCGUACGACCGGUACGUGGAUGGCUUUCCCAUCACAUCCAAUCUUGUGCUGCCCUAACAUGGCUCUACUGGGAAGAAAAAAAACUGAUCAAAACCAAUCUCCUGCCCCGAAACAAAGGUGAAAGAACACUGAUGCAUGGAUCUCAAAGAUUUGUCGUAGAUGGAUACGACGAAUAA